GUCUAGCUAUAAAUAUAAUCUAUAUAAGUUAGAGUAACGAAAUAAAUUGAUUUUGUACAACUAGCUAUUAACAUGUGUACGUUAACAAGAAGUACAGAAACUCAGGGUAAUGGAACUCAACCUCAUGAAAUGAGGUCUGAGAAUGACGUAUUAAGAAUUCUAGUGCAGAUACUGAGGUUCUCCAUUAUUCAAUUUCAUGCAGCAUUUGAUUGUUUGGUACAUCUGGUUUUUGGAUUGUACUAUGAUUUUAAUGUCAAGAAAGUUCCACCCGUUAAGAAUGAUAUUGUAUUGAUGAGCGCAUCGGAGUUAGCUGAGAAAAUCAGCAACAGACGUGAUCAUCGUUCAGAAGAAGACGCAACAGUGGUGCGGUUGGUAAAAGACGCUGGAGGAAUUUUAAUAGCUAAAACGAACAUACCUGAAUUUAAUUUAUGGACUGAAUCUAGAAACCAUUUGUACGGACAAACGUGUAAUCCAUAUAAUACUACGAGAAAUGUCGGUGGAAGCAGCGGUGGGGAAGGGGCAAUUAUCGCUGCAUGUGGAUCUGCAUUCUCCGUUGCAAGUGACAUCGGUGGUUCUACUAAUAGAAUGCCUGCUUUUUUUAAUGGUGUUUUUGGUCUUAAACCAUCUGAAGGUUUGACACCGUUGAAGGGAAUUGCACUCCGGCAACAGGACUACUCUAACUCAAUGGCAGAAAUAGGCCCAAUAUGCAAAAAGGCAGAAGAUUUGAUACCUUUAUGUAAAGUCUUCAUUGGAGAGAGAAAAUCUCUACUCAAACUCGACCAAGUGGUAGAUCUGAAGUCUCUUAAUAUCUUUUAUCAAGAAAGUUCAGGUGAUUUAAGAGCAAGUGGAGUAAAUGGUGAUAUGAAAGCCGCCCUUUUAAAAGCUGUACGACAUUUUAAAGAAGUUACAGGAUCUGCGACGAAAAUAAAGAUACCUGGUUCUAAAUACAGUUAUCGAUUGUGGAGAUUUUGGAUGACGCAGGAAAGUGUCGACUACAAGACGAGUAUAACAAAUGGAAAGUAUCGCGCAAGUGCUGUUUGUGAACUCUGGAAAUUAAUGCGUGGAAAAUCAGACUUCACUUUAGCUGCAAUCAUAAAACUGAUUGACGAAGAUAUAUUACCUAAAGAGAAUGCUGAAUGGGCAAAGAGCGUAACCGCGAAUAUGAAAAAAUAUUUGAUGACAAAAAGAUUUCAAACUUUGUUUCAGGUUGUUGCAGCACCGUAUAAUGAUCAUCUUUGCCUGGCUGUAGCACGCGAACUAGAGAAAGCUCAUGGAGGCUGGGUCCCUCCUGCCUAAUUUACUUCCAAUUCUAUUUUACAUUAAUCAAUACUGGUGUGAUGAGCAACCCCACUCUUCUACGAGAAUUGAUAUAUCUUUCCGUCAAUUAUAUCCACAUUAUGCUGUGAACGAGAUGUUAUUGUUGAUUCAACGCAACUAUCGAUUCUGCUGAAUGCAUCUGAUAAUAGCAGUCAAAAUAGCACUAAUGAGACGUACAUUUUUGCUCAGGUGUUUAUGUAAUGCCUAUUAUUACAUCUUCGUCUUCUGCUUAUUGAAUACGCCCUCGUUAUUAUUUACUGUUUCUAUCAACAGUUUAAUUGUAAGAUAACAUGUAUAGUACGAUAAUUGGUUUACUGAAUACUGAAAUUCUUUAUUUAUCACAAUGAGGGGUGUUUUGGCAUUAUGUACAUCAACAUAAGUACCUACGAUAAUUGGCUGCCGGAGGGAUCUGCGAUAUCUAUAGGAUUUAUGGGAAGAUCAUGAUUAGACUGCUUUUUAUUACAUUUGUAUAUAAGAAGAUGCACCUGUUACAAGAAUGUAAUCUCCAAUGGUACAUAAGACCGUUACGAAAUCUGUGUAAAUUCUUUACAAAAAUGUGUCAACAAAACAUUCGCAGCCUAAUAAUGAUCUUCACUUUUUGUUCCGUAAGAGUGUAACGUGCAAGUGUAUUCUCCCUUUGGCUCUUUGUUAGCCUCUAUAUCCGUAUUAAUAGUUUCUAAAUUAUUACCAUACUACAUACCUCCUUUGCAACAAUGAACGUGCAAUAAUCUUAAAAGUCUCUACAGGCGUACUUAAUUUCUUCUCCCAUUAAAAUUAACAUUAA